AUGAAGGUCUACGACGUCCUUCGCGAUGAGAAGUUGGAGUUCACAGAACGCUACUUCGACUUCGGCCUUGCGUCCGAGAUCAAUCGCCUGGGAGGAUCCGACAAGGUGGCGCUGAUGUGCGGUGCUCGGGUUCGCGUCGCCAGGGCGGCGUCCAAGCCGGGCUAUAUGAUUUUCGGCUGGGCCUUCGACUACGAAAUCAUGGCCGUUCCCCUGCUUACCACUGGCGGGCCUCUUCCCGGCAGGCACUGCUGCGUCCUGCUUGUUGUGCACCCUGGCGACCUGCUUUUGCCCGACGAUGAGGAGAUCGGGACCUUUUACCGCCAUCUCGACCCCAAGACCUCUUCCAAGCUGCACGAGGCUGAGGCGGCCAGUUUUUUGAGCUUUUUCGGCGAAGCCGCGAAGGCGGAGUUGAAGCGUGCGGGAAGGGUGUGGAAGGACAAGGCUCCUUCUGCCGAAACCGUCUCUGCACGACUGGCGAGUGUUGCCGCCCCCAUCCGUGAUAAAUUGCCCGACUUCCUCAGCCAGGAGGCCGCCGGCACUGGGCCGCUGGCGAUCUCCGCGUUCGCGUGGUCGUUGGCCCAUCUGGACGACGUGCGUCGCAGCUACGAUCCGCUUGUCGUCGAGAACCCGAAGCUGGUUGGCAUCAAGGCACUCCGACUGGAGCUGCUGCACUACGUGGAGAGGGCCAUGCUGGGCAAACGGGAGGCGUCGACCGUGGGUCGUGGCGUGGGAACCGGCAUCGCUCUGGGUGGGGAGGCCGAGGAGGCUGCGGCGGGGUCGCACUCGGUCGGGCACGCACCCGGAGAUGGAGGCGAGGAGCAGCACGGGGAGGAGGGCGAGGAGGGGGGCGGGGAGCAGGGUGGUGGCUUAGACGAGGAGGAGGAGGAGGACGAGGAGCGCGAUGACGACGACGUGAUGGUCACCGGCGAAGAGGAGGCAGUGCAGUUCGCCGGUGAGAAGGUUGCGGAUAAGAGCGGUGGCAGCGGACCCAAAUCGGGCAAGAAGGCGCGGGGGAUCGGUGGCUCGACCACGACUAGGAUGGCGUCAAAAGCGGCCAUGGAGCGUUUGAGGGCGGCGGAGAGGGAGAACAGGAAGCUGAGGGAGGAGAAGGCGGUGGCGGAGAAGAGGCUGGACAACCAGAUGACGCGGAUGGACACUCUCUUCUCCUCGGUUUCUACGGCUGUCAACAAGCUAUCGACGGUCGCCGACCGCGUGACUUCUCACGAGCAGACGUCGGGGUUGAGCCUCCAAGUCGUGGUGGAUGCUGUGAGGGAGACCGUGCAGGAAGCGGUGAACUAUCGCGGCUCCCUCAUAGAACACAUGAACGAGAACUGGCUGCCCACCGUCAAGGCCUUGCACCUGGCGGCCGGUGCAGCGAACGAUAGGCAGCGGGAAGACGACGCCCUGCUGUUGCGAGGUGUGGCAGAUUCUCUGGGCGAGAAGAUCAAGACGGUCGUGUCUGCUGAGGUGAAGGCCGUCAUGGAGAGCGAGGCGAAGGCGAUCGCCGCCGCCGUGAGCGUGAAACUCGUCGAAGACCUCAGGGAAGUCGUGGUGAAGGCGGUCACCUCCGUGACCCAAUAG